CAACUGAUCUGUCGUAAUACGGAUGGGUCUCGGUGUACACCCUUCGUACGUAGCGGGAUUGGAGGGAUAUUGUAUGUUGCUUGAAUGUUUUUCUAGGUUGGAUUCACUGUGUUGCGCGGCAAAAAGCGAGGGACAAAACAAAAGCAUGUGAACAUCAUUUGGAGCUCAGGUAGUUCUAGUGCAACAGGUCCCUUCCUGAAAUUCAGCCUCCCAGACAUGGGCCUGAGGUCAGCUCAGAAGAAGCACUUCCCCUUGCGGGGCAUCGACGGCGUGGUGCAACUUUUUGAGUACGAGUUGGGAAACCCCGAGCCAGAUCUGGCCCUGCUAUCUUUGGUGCUGGGCUUCAUCGAGCACUUCCUGGCAGUCAACCGCGUGGUGCCUGUCAACGUCCCUGGAGUGCGAUUCGAACCCCUCAAGGGUGACUGCCUCAACUCCUGCUUCCCAACAGUAGACCUGGGCUUGAUAUCAGCGCUGCACGAGCGCUUCACAGCUCAGAUCCGUGGCGCAGUGGACCUGUCGCUGUACCGCAGGCCGGCUGCAGGUUCGAGCAGAGAGCUCGUGAAGAAGGUCUCCGAUGUGAUCUGGAACAGCCUGAGCCGAUCGUACUUCAAGGACCGAGCCCACAUUCAGUCUCUCUUCAGUCUCAUAACGGGCACAAAGUUGGACAGCUCUGGUGUGGCCUUUGCAGUGGUGGCUGCCUGUCAGGUUCUUGGACUGAAGGAUGUUCACUUGGCCCUGUCUGAGGACCACGCCUGGGUGAUCUUCGGCAAAGGGGGAGAGGAAACGGCUGAGGUCACAUGGCACGGCAAGGGCAACGAGGACCGGAGAGGCCAGACAGUCAGUGCUGGAGUUAAUGAGCGGAGCUGGUUAUAUUUAAAAGGAUCCUACCUGAAGUGCAACCGCAACAUGGAGGUAGCAUUCAUGGUAUGCGCCAUCAACCCAUCUUUAGAUCUGCACACAGACAGCUCCGAGCUGCUACAACUUCAGCAGAGGCUGCUUUGGCUGCUGUAUGAGAGAGGAGACUUGGACAGGUAUCCAAUGGCAAUGGGUACUCUUGCUGACCUUGAAGAUCAAGAACCUAUCUGCAAAGGAGACCCGCUCUCAAUCCAUUUAAAGGCUGUGGAGUCCGCCAAGACGUACUACAACAACGAGCAUAUCUACCCUUUCAUGUACUUGGCCGGAUACCACUACAGACACAGGAAUGUGCGGGAGGCUCUCGGGGCUUGGGCUGAGGCUGCUACAGUCAUUCAGGAUUACAACUACUGCCGCGAGGAUGAGGAGAUCUAUAAGGAGUUCUUCGAUAUAGCAAAUGAUGUCAUCCCCACCCUUCUCAAAGAGACUGCUGCUGAAAGUGGAGGAGAGGGCUCUGAGGGAGCAGAAAAGGACCAACCAAGACAGGCUGCAGCUCUCUCGGCCUUACAGGACCCGGAAUGUUUUGCGCACAUGUUGCGUUUCUACGAUGGAAUUUGUAAAUGGGAAGAGGGAAGUCCCACACCUGUGCUUCAUGUAGGCUGGGCCACUUUCCUGGUUCAGUCUCUCAGCCGUUUUGAUGCUCAGAUAAGACAGAAAGUGACAAUCAUCACCAAGGAGUCAGAGCCACAAGACGACGACGACCAAGCGAGUGACGACCCCCGUGAAGGCCGACGGAGAGGUCCACGACGUGAGUCCAGAGUAGAAGAAUCUGCAGGGCCCUCUCCACCAGCUUCCGCUGCAGCUCCGGCAUCCCAGCCUGGUCAACCCAAAAAAGUUGGCGGAGAAGGAGGUCGACGCCGUUCUUCAGCUGGUGCACGAGGGAAAGAAACAGACGGGAAGAACGAAGCGUCUCUCCCAAACAGUCCUGUCCCUUCACCUUCCCAGGCAAUGGUCCCGUCAAGUGGCCCCGUGGUGACGUUCCACAGUGAGAAGAUGAAGGGCAUGAAGGAGCUGCUCUCUGCAGCCAAGAUCAACUCCAGUGCCAUUAAGCUGCAACUCACUGCCCAGUCACAAGUUCAGAUGAAGAGGCAGAAACCCACCCCCUCUGGCGACUAUAGCCUGUCCUUCAUGAAACGCCCUCGCAAGACUCUCUAGAAAGCUCCUUGAUUGUUUUCUUUCUGGCUUACUCUUACCUCUACUAAACAUCACUUUGCCUGCAGUAUGCAGUAUUUUGAAAGUUGAUGGUGAAAAGUGUCAGCUCACGGAAUGGCUUGUCAUGUACAAGCACUGACUGUUAAUACGAUCCAUUGCUGAAUAGCAGGAUACCUCACUUCCAGCCCUCAUAAGCCACAGCACUGUAUAAUUAUUAUAAUUUUUUUCCACACACUAGCUAGAACAGCACAUUAUGAACAGACUAUUGCUAUAUUGUUUGAUUCCUUGCAAAAUAUUAAAAUAAGCAGGUGAACCCGUGAUGUCACGGCCUGCAUUUAUUCACCCAAAACAGUACCCCCAACAACUGUUCAAAUCAUCCACAACAUCAUUAGAACAGUUGUAAUUAAUUUAAUGCAUAAUAUGCAUAUUAAUUGAAUGCAUAAAAAGUGCUUAUAGUUAUUUCUUUUUCAGAGCUUUAUAUAUAUAGUAGAAAAUUCAUUUUCACAAUGUAAAGAGAUUUCACAAGGCCACUACACAUAUCCUACACAUCUGUAGUUCAAGUCAAGAUCUACAAAAUACACGUAAAAUUAUGUGUUCGAAAAGCAAAAACUUCAACUAUCCAACAAUUGUUUAAAACUGGAAUUAGAUCAUUUGGCUACAUACAAAGAAAAUUUUUAUCUUGCUGUAUUUUUAUAUUUACUUUCUUAAUAAUUGCUUAAUACAAAUUUCAAAUCACAUUGUGCCAAAGUAUGUAGUGUUUCAGUUGCAAAAAUUCCUUUUAUAAAUAUUUUACUCUUUAAGGUUUCUUAAAGGUCCCUGGUAGUCACGUUUGAGUUACAAGCUAAACUGUUUAGCAUUGCCUACAUUUUUCUUUAUUUUACCUUGUCAUAUUAGAGCUACGUAAAAUGUUCAGGUUUGCGUGUGCUUUUUCAUAUAUAAUAUCAAGGUAAAUGCUUUUCUUUUUUUUCUUUUUUUAAUUGCUGCUCUGUAUGAAACUAUUUUUCUAAUAAAGAAGUUUCAAGAAAAUGA